UUACUUAAUAAAUAUUUGUAUGUAUGGUUUUUUGUUGGUUUGUUUUUAUAAAAUUAUAGAAUUUAUAACUUUUUUAAGUCUUGCAGUUAUAUUUUACGUAGUAUUUCAUACAAAAGUAACAAUUUUGAGCAUGUGAAUGUUAAUGUGAAUGCAUGUGAAUGCAUGUGAAUGCCUUGUCAUUAAUUUCUAAUAAAUAUAGAAAAAUAGUAAAUAUAUGAUUUAUUAUUUGUAUGAACUCGUUUUAAACCUCUGGCAUGAACAAUGUUCUCUAAGUUUAAAUUGUCAAGUAUGUUUGUAUUAGCUAUGUAUUUCCAAACCUCUGGCAUGGUAUUACACUUGUAAGUGAGAUCUUGUCCAGCUUGUAUGACAAAUAUAAAUAAAUAAUAUUACUUGUAGCUAAUAAAUUUAAGUAUUCCGAGUGUGGUAAACAAUUAGUUCCUAUAUUGAUAUACAUUUUUAAAGACUUGAAGUUAUAUUUUACAAGGUUUUUCACACAAAAGCAACUAUUUUUUAUCAACUGAGUAAAUGUAUGCUUUACCAUUAUGUUCUAAUAAUUUGUUUAAACAUUGGUAAAAUGAAAUAGUGUCAUAAAUAUAGCAAAAUAGUUAAUUUAUGAAGAAUGAUUGAACUCGUUUUAAACCCUUAUCAUGUAUCUACAAUGUUCUCAAAGUUUAAAUUAUCAUGUAUGUUUUUGUUAGGCAUCUAUUAAACCGCUGGCUUUUAUAAACUUUAAAUUUCUUUAGAUAUCGUAAAUAUAAACAAGAUGUGUAUCUUACUAUCUUAAACACAUAGAUUGUUUUAUUUAAAAAAAAAAAAAUAGUCUCAAAAAUAUAGGCUCCUAUUUGAAUUUUGAAAGGUACCCCUAAAAUAUCCCCUUUUUAAAAAAUAAAAAAAUAUCAUGAAUAUCAAAUUAAUUUAGAUUAUAUGAUUUAAAAAGGUUUUCACAUAAGACAUUUUUUCCUAAUUUAAGUAUAUCAUACUGAAAUCUGAUGUCAUUUAAAAUUUGGAACACACUUUAUAUGUAAAAGCACUUGUCUCGAAAAAUUAUGAUUUUAUUUCAUUAGGUAUGUUUAUUUUUUUGUUUCACAAUUAAAAAAAUAGACAGUGACACAGUGGGAUUUGUUGUAUUUAAUUUUUCAAUAUAUUAUUAGUGUGAAUAUAAAUAACAUUUUAAAAAUGGUCGCCAUGUAUCAAAUUCUCAAACUUUUUUUCAACCCGAAUUUAUAAGAAACAAAAAUAUUAUCACCAUUAAAUAAUAAAAAUUGAAUUCAAAAUGUUAAUAAUCACUUAAAAGAUGUUAAAACUUGAAAUAUUUUUAAAAUAUAUUUUAUAAUAUAUGAGUAAACUAAAAUAGUCAAAUGUCUACCGAGAUAUUAAUCUUCAAAUGUAAAUUAACUGGUCCUUGACAAAAUUGAUAAUUAUUUGUAAUUAUAUGAUUACUUAUUUACACACACGUUUAAUAAUUGAGCCUAAACCUGGGGUAGAUAUUGAACAAAUACAAUAUUCAAUAAUAACAAUUGACUGCUGUGAUUUAUUAUUUUUUUAACUAAAUAGUAAAUACUUUAUGCAUACUUAUCAAUUAUAUUACCUAUAUGGCAUAAUAUCCAUGUAAAGGUAUAUUUUGAAAAUGCAAUUGCUUUUAGAAAAUAGGUAACAUAUACACUAUACCAAAUAUAUGCAUGACUUUUUGAAUAAUAUUUUUUUAAUUACAACAAAAUAACUAAAUCAAUAUAUUAUUUCGAUUUAAAUAUCCGAUUUUGUCAAGAUUUGAACUUAAAAUUUAAAGAAAAUAAACCACACAUCACUGUAAAACUAGUACUAGUAGGUAAUACAUUCCUCAUAAGAAUCUAAAACCAUAAUUUAAUACGAUAUAAAACAUACGUUACUUAAUAAUUGUCCACUUGAAAAUCACUCAUGUUUUACUUAAGAUUAGAUAUAAAAAAGUGUAGAUAAAUAAAAUUAUAAACACAGAUUAAUGUAUCAUACUCAGUUGUAUAUGACACAGUGAAUUUGCUUAAACUAACAGAACAUGGCACGUUGAGCGACGAGCGUGUAUAAUUAUUAUUUAUGAAUACAGUUGUGAGGUUUUGAUUGCAAAGUUAAGACUAAUAGCAGUCAACUUGAAUAUUUUUAAAAAUAUAAUUUAAAAUUGAUUUACUUACUUUAUAGAUGUAAUAACCUCGUUAAUAAACAAAUAAUAAAAGAAAAGUUUUUAAAAAUAUAAAUAUUUACUAUAUAUUAUUGGAAUAAUUAAAUCUUAUCAUUUUACAGUUUACUAUUAUACAUCAAUAAAUUUAGUUGUGCUACUCAUACUUCACCAAUACUGUGAUCUUCAUUGCCAUUCUCAAAAAAAAUAUUACUCAGAUCAAUGCUAGAUACGAUUAAGCACAUUUUAAAACCAAAAAUAUUCAUGCUAUGGAUUUUAUUAUUCACAUUAAUAGUAUGGACUUACUCAUAUUAUUCGUUGACUGCAUUUGAAGUGAUUUUUAGUGAACCACGUUCACUCUUCUUGGACCACGAUAAUUCUGGAUAUUUAAUUAAUACAUCAGGAUGUCGAAUUCCAGAAAUGUAUUUGAAUGGACCUGAAAUAGAAAAAUGUUUUAAACCAAACCUAGAACUAAAUUGUAAAACGAAAUGGAACUAUAAUUUGCCAUUAAUUACUUCAGAUUUAACAUCUUUAAUAUUAAAUAUGAGUGCAUGGGCUACUUUAAAUAUCAGUGAUGGAGAUCCAAGUUUUGAAUGUUAUUACAUUCCAAUAGAAAGAUCAGCAUUUGGCGACGACCAAGAUCCUAAAUCAUAUAGUGAUGAUGAUGUGAAACUUGGCGAAAAAGUAUAUUUUGUACACAAUACAACAGUUUCAAACGAAAUGGUUGAAGUAGUAUGUACAUUAAAUUCAAAUAUAAUAUACAAAUAUUAUCAUAUAUUCAUACGACCAACUUCGUCAGUAAGAAACCGAAAAGACGGAGAAGUAAGUAUAUUACUUUUGGGUUUGGACGCGGUAUCUCGUAUGAACUUUCAUCGUCAAAUGCCAAAAACUAGUUCGUUCUUAUCUGAAAUUGGCACUGUGGAAAUGAUAGGUUAUAAUAAAGUUGAGGAUAACACGUUUCCAAAUGUAAUUCCCACACUAACGGGAAUGUCAAUAGAAGAGUUGAAAAUAAAUUGUUGGCCUGAAAACAACAACUUUUUUGAUAACUGUAAUUUUGUAUGGGAUGAUUAUAAAGAUGCUAAUUUUAGCACAGCUUUUGCCGAAGAUAGUACUUCAAUUGGAAUGUUUAAUUAUUUCAAAUCUGGAUUUUUAAAACAACCCACUGACCAUUAUUUAAGACCAAUUAUGACCCAUGCUGAAAAUGUUAUAGGGCACGAAUCCAUUGGAAACACAAUAGGUUGUCUUGGUCCUAAGUUGGGUAUGACCAUGUUGCUCGAUUAUGCUUUUAAAAUGUCAUUAUCUUUGACUAAUCAUUUAUACAUGAAUGUAUUUUGGACGACAAGCCUAACGCACGACUACAUAGAGUAUCCAAAAUUUGGAGACGAUAAUUUAAGAGACUUUUUUGAUGCAUUUAACAAGUCUGGUGAGCUCAACAAAACAAUUGUCAUACUAAUGAGUGAUCAUGGCAUCAGGUGGGGAUGCUUUAGGGACACAUACCAGGGUAGUUUGGAAGAUAAGCUACCCAUGUUGAAUUUCAUCAUACCACAGUGGUUUCAAAAUAUGUAUCCCAACGCGAUGGAAAAUUUGAAUAAGAACACAAUUCGCCUAACAACGCCGUAUGAUUUACACGAGACGCUAUUAGACUUCAUCGACAUAAAACAGCUCGAUGACAAUGCAAUUGCGAGACGAACGAAAAUGAAUAAAUAUAAAAGAGGCACAAGUUUGUUUCUUGAAAUCCCAGAAAAUAAAAGUUGCGAAACAGCAGGAAUACCUAAAAAUUAUUGCGCGUGCCACGAGGAGAGGCAGGAAUUAGUUGUAGAUGACGUAAACGUCGUUGAAGCAGCGAAAGCCUUUAUGCAAUAUGUAAAUUUCAAGUUGUCGACGUAUAAUACACUUUGCACAUUUCUAACGCUGCAUGAGAUCCAUAAAGCAUCAGUUGAAAUGAGAAAAGAUAAUAACUCGGUGAAAGAUUACGAGAUACAAGUAACUACAGUUCCAGGGUUUGCGAAAUUCGAAGCAACGUUAAGGCAUUAUAACGGUAACUUUAAAAUGGUUGGUUCAGUUAGUAGAUUAAAUUUAUAUGGCAAUCAAAGUAUUUGUAUAAAUGACGCCAAAAUGAAGUUAUUGUGUUAUUGUAUAUAUGAAAAUUAAACUCAAUCGCAUACUCGUAAUGUCCAAACUCAUAUCAUAAUGUUAAUCAUUGUUGUCUCAGAAUAAAAAGGUUCUAAAUUCAUUUUUUUUAAAUGCUUGUUUGCAUAUAUUUAUUUAAUAUUUGUAUUGUAGGUAUAAAUAAGUCUUGAAAUCGUAUCGAUCCGUUGAUUAUUCAAUGAGAUGGAUACAGAUAAUGAAAAGGUUCUAACAUGAAUGAUAUGUUUGAAACCGAGAAUGAAAUAGUUCUAAACGAUCUUAAAAUAUGUAAUAUAGGUAGGUACUAAUAUCUUAGAAUGAAAAGGUACUGUUAUAAAACGAUUAUACCACUGAUUCAAUAUAAAUUAUUAUUGUGCCAUAAUAAAAUAUUAUUCUAGUAUGUACUUACCGCCUAUUUUUGUUUUGUUACGAUGAUAAGGUAAUGCCUACCUGGUAUGGUAUUAUAAUUAUAAAUAUUGUCAUAUUAUGCUGUUUUCGUAUAGGUACCGCGAGUCUGUGUAAUAUACUAAUAUACUAUUUUAUAGGUACCAUUAAAAUUUUUUUAAUAUAGCUCUAUCUUAACGUCUUGUACAGUUGUAACUUAUAUUAGUGGGUAUUUCGUAUAGUAGUACUAAACUUAAAAACUAAAAAUAUUGCAUAAUCAAUAUAUAUAAUUUUUUACACAAUUUACACUUAGAAGUAAGUAUCGCUACGUAGAAAAAAAUACUUAAAUCAGUAUGAAAAGGUUCUAACUAAAUAAAUAAUUUGUGUUUCCAUAAUGAAAAGUACUACUCGUAAAACCUUUUAACUCUAAAACUAAUAUUUUAGUUAUUUAUAAUUAACUCGAUUUAGUAUUUAAGGUGAACAAAGUUAUUCAAUUUUUAACUUAAAAAUAUUUCCCUGAAUAAUUACAAAAAUUACGUUAGAAACUUUUCUUUCUGAGACGACGUAUAAUAUUAUGAUCAAAAUAUCAGUACUCGGUAGGUAGAAUAUACCUUACAAUAAUAAUUAGAAUUAAGAUGUCGUUUUGGUAGGUUACAAAAUUUGGCCUUAAAAAUAUACUUUUGUAGUUUCGAUUUUCUUCAGCUCUCAAUAGUCGUAUAGAAACAUGAUUAUUUCAUCAAAAUGAAUGUGAAAAGUUCUUUUAGAUAACAACCAUUUUUUUUUUUUUUAAUUGAAUAUAUAAUAUUUUUUUAUAAAAUAGACAGUUAAACAUAUCAAAAAUAUAGAAUUCAGUUAUCUAGAAGAAUUUAUCAAGUUUAUUUUGGUGGAAAAAUCAUGAUUCUACGUCUAACGAGUGAAGAGACAAAUGCUUGUCAAAAACAUGUUUUGGUAAGAAAAAUAAAUAAUUUUGAGCAAUCUCUUGAGCUGUGACUUGUAUAAUUUCACUUUUACCAGAACAGCAUCUUAAAACGAGAGAGAAAAAAAUCAAUUUUCUAAUGGAGUUUAAUUUCGUUUGUAAUGUGAUAUUUUUAAUUUUAUACAAAAUAUAUUAUUAGAAUGUUUUUAUUGUGAAAAUAUUUUUGCUUUUUAUUUGUAUUUAUUUUUUUACUAUUGAACAAUACCAAAUAAUAUGUAUGAGUAUGACUAUGCGUAGUUGAAGAAAAAUAUAUUUAUCCUUUUAUAAGUACA